UCCUCACCUAGGAGAACCUGUCUAUCACGGCCCUACCCCAAGUGAGGAUCCUGGUCUCAAUGAUAGAAUGGAUGAAUUCCAGGAUCAGUUUGCGGAAUUACAAAAAGAGAUAAAAGCUCUUCGUGGGAAAGAACUGUUUGGCAGAGAUGUAAAUGAUAUGUGUUUGGUUCCAGACGUAAGGAUGCCAGCAAAAUUUAAACUACCAGAAUUUGAAAAGUACAAAGGAAGUUCUUGUCCACAGACCCAUUUGGUUAUGUACGUGCGAAAGAUGUCAAUGUACACCAACGACCAAAGGAUGCUCAUUCAUUGUUUUCAAGACAGCCUUACCGGUGCAGCUUUACGCUGGUAUAUGGGAUUAGACAGUUCUCAGAUCAAGACUUUCAACGAUUUAGGCGAGGCCUUUAUCAAACAUUACAAAUACAACCUUGAUAAUGUGCCAGACCGAGAUCAGUUGAGGUCCAUGCAACAAAGAGAAAAGGAGACAUUCCGUGAAUACGCGCAAAGGUGGCGCGAAAUUGCAGCACAGGUUGUUCCACCUAUGGAAGAAAAGGAGAUGACGAAAGUGUUCUUAAAGACUCUUGAUACUUUUUAUUACGAGAGGAUGAUUGCAAGCGCUCCUACAGACUUUACUGACAUGGUAAACAUGGGAGUCCGUUUAGAGGAAGCAGUUCGAGAAGGGCGUCUAGUCAGAGAAGGAAGUUCAUCUUCAAGCGGGGCAAAGAGGUACGGCGGUUUUAUGAAAAAGAAGGAACAAGAAACUAAUGUUGUGUCCUAUAAUCAUCCAAGAAGGAUCAAUUAUCCUUACCAUUCCCAACACCAACAUAUAGCAGCCGUGACUCCAGUAAUCACUUCCGCUCCAGUUCAAGUCCAAUACCCUCAGCAGCGUACCAACCGCUUCCAACAGAAUACUCAGUAUCAGCAACAACAUCAACCUCAACAACAUCAACAUCAGUUACAACAACGUCCACCACAGCAGCAAAGAAGAACCAAUUUUGAUCCAAUUCCAAUGUCAUAUGCAGAAUUGUAUCCAGCUUUGAUCACUAAAAACCUUGUGCAACCACGACCACGACCUCUUGUACCAGAAGUGCUACCUUGGUGGUACAAGCCAGAGGUAUCUUGUCCCUUUCAUCAGAAUGCUCCAGGUCAUGACUUAGACAACUGUUUUGCUUUAAAGUUGGAAGUACAGAAGUUGACAAGAGCAGGUAUCCUGACCUUCAAGAACAUGGGUCCCAAUGUGAAGGACAAUCCAAUGCCAAGUCAUGGUCCUUCAUCAGUGAACAAUAUAGAAGUUUGUCUCAAUGAACAACGUGUUACGAAGAUAGAGGAGAUUCGGCGGUCUUUGGUUGAAAUUCAUUCUGUUUUAUGUGCUCAUGGUCUAUUCCAACAUGACCACCAGAUCUGUGGUACAUGUUCAGUCAAUUCAAGAGGUUGUAGAAAGAUUCAAGAUGAUUUGCAAGGCGUCCUUGAUCAGGGUUUGAUUCAGAUUUCUAGACAAGUGAGUUCUCCAGAAUCACAAGAACAAGAGGUGAAUGUCAUCAUUCCUUGCUUCAACAUUCCAGAGAAAGUAGAGAUAGCUUAUCAUCCGAGGGAGCCAGUGGUGAUUUGCCCUCCGGGCCCAAUGCCUUACACUUCAGAUAAAGCGGUCCCCUACCGCUAUGCAGCAACUAUUAUUGAGAACGGUAAAGAGGUCGAGAUUAAAACCUUAGCCUCAGUUACCAAUAUCGCAGCAAAUAGCCGAAUGACGCGCAGUGGCCGCGUGUUCGCUCCGCCGGUUAUCCCAAGUAGAAAUGUUGAGAAAGAUCCAGUAGUCGUGGUACCAGUGACAAGAGAAGCAGAAGGGCAAACAAGCAAUUCAACCCUUGAUAAAGAAACAGAUGAACUACUUAGAAUUAUCAAGCUCAGUGACUACAAAGUGGUAGAUCAGUUGCUACAGACACCGUCAAAAAUCUCGAUCCUGUCCUUAUUAUUGAAUUCAGCUGUCCACAGAGAAGCACUACUGAAGGUGCUUGAUCAAGCCUUUGUAGAACAGGAUAUAACAGCAGAGCAGUUCAACAAUGUUGUAGGCAGCAUCACUUCGUGCAAUGGCUUAGGCUUUUGUGAUGAAGAACUGCCAGAAGAAGGAAAGAAUCACAACUUCGCUCUCCAUAUCUCAGCCAAUUGUCAAGGGGAUUCUUUGUCUAAUAUCCUAAUUGACACCGGUUCAUCUCUGAAUGUCAUGCCCAAGUCUACCUUGUUGAAGCUAAAGUACAAAGGGGGCAAAUGCGGCACAGUGGAAUUAUUGUGA